AUGCCUUCCUUCAAGAUCGGCUGUCAUGGCGGUGACGUGAAAUUCAGCCCCUUCCAUCAUAUCCGCCUUGCCGUGGCAGCCUCUGGCCCACUCGCCGUCCCCUCUGAUGAGCCACUGAGGCGUGGUCGCCUUCUCAUCCUCAACGCUUUCCCUUCCUCCAUCACCAACUUCAUCUCCUUCAACACCUGGGGGGGCCUCACCGAAUGCACCUGGUCCAAAUUCAGCAGCAAUAUCAUCGUUGUUGGAGACGACCUUGGUUCGAUCAUGGUCUUCGACCUUAAUCGCCCCCCUUAUUCCAACCCCAUUGCCAGCGGUUACGGAAACCACUUCCAGAUUAGUAGCAUCGACUGGAACCCUAUACGCCCAGACUCCUUUCUUACCUCCGGCAGCGACUUCACCGUCAAUCUAUGGACUACAGGUGAAGAAAACCUCCAGAGUGUCUGCACCUUCCUAUUUGACAACAAUCCUAUCCAUUCCUCCGUGUGGAACCCACACCAUCCCGACAUCUUCGCCUGUGCUGGCCAUGGAACCCUCCGUAUCUACGACAUCCGCGAGCCACGAUUUGUUGCUAAAGCUGGGUUUGGUCAGUCUUUCCGUUCUUGCGACUGGUGCAAAUACAAUGAAACCUGCAUCGUCACCGCCUCCAAAUCUAAUAACUGCAUCACGACAUGGGAUAUCAGGCACACCGCCUACAUGGUCCUUGGGGUUGAGCCUGCCACAGUCAUACACACAGCCAAUAGCAUCCACAAGGUGAAGUUCUUGCCCUACCAAGAGGAGAGUCAGAUCGUUUCAUGUUCGGAAAAUUCGGAGGUGGCAUUGUGGAACUGUCGGGUGGAGGGCCCACCGACUGAGAAGUAUGUUCAUCACGAGGGACCUGUGCUUGGAUUAGAUAUGAGCACGCUCGUGAAGGGUCUGAUGGCCAGCACCGGACUGGACGGCCUUGUUCAUGUCUGGAAUAGGCUAGGGGCUGAGCUGAGGCUUUGA